AUGGAAGAUCCAAAAAAGAAACGAGCCGCGCUUCUUCACCCAGGAGGAUUGGCCUUGGAAGAAAUCUAUUUUGUAGUAUUAGUUAAGGAUCAGGAAGGAGUUGACGUGCACCCCAACAAAAGCCGGGAGUCCACGCCUAACGGCUCUGUCUUUUCAGCCAAUGGCGGCGGGCCUGGAGACACGCCCUGCCUCAGGCAAUCAAACGUUCUGCGGGAAGAAUAUCCCCGCUUACAGCAGAGUUUACCCCGCUUUCAACCCCCUUUUGAUAGGAAAACUGACGCUGCAAAACUGUUGGCCAACGUUGCCAUUUCAUUUAUGAUAAAUAUAAUAGCCGAACGUGAAUUGUUAACUAGCGUUAAUAAUAUACAGGAUGUUUCAGUAAUCCGGGACAUCCAGUCAUCUCUGGAGAACACCGCGAACGCCGCGGAUUCCAGCGCCGACAUGUCCACCGGUUCGUCCACGGUAGCUCCGGGGAGCUCCAGCGUUGCCGACCGUGUUGCGUCGUGGAUGCCCGCCACUUCACCGCCGGUUGCGUUGAAGCCUAGCGGAAUCCAGGAUGUUUCCACGUUGGGAGGUAGCCAAGGUGCCACUUCGGAUGCUCCGAGACGCUCCGACGUGGGGGUGACACAGCAUCCAUACGUGUUGGCUGGCGGCUUGCCUGAAAUUAACUGCCAUGAUGCUCCGGGGCAUGCUGGACCCUGGAUUGCUCAGCAACCUAGCAUGAUGGCUUCCGGGUCUUUUCCGGCUGUAAUCGGUGCUGCUCCGGGAUGCUUCGACCCUUGGAGGGGCAACCCGCAACCCACGAUGUCAUCCGGACCUUUCUUCACCAUGGCCAAUGCUGCUCCAGGAUGCUCCGACUCUUGGAGGGCCAAUCCACAUCCCAUGAUGGUUCAUGGACCUCACCAUACCAUAAUAGGUGCUGCUCCGGGAUGCUCCGACCCUUGGAGGGUCAACCCACAUCCCUUGAUGGCUCCCGGACCUUUUCCAACCAUGUUCAAUGCUGCUCCGGGAUGCUCCGGCUCUUGGGAAGGGAAUCAGCGUUCUAACGUCGCUCCUGACGUUCAUACCACCGCAGCUCCGGCUGCUCCGAGUUAUUUAGCUUCAGCACUAAGCAAAACCUAG